AUGGGUGUAGCCAACGAAGCCAACUCCGAUGCACUGGCUAGCGAAGGUCUACAGAAGUUGGGCUACACGCAGGAAAUGGCUCGAUCUCGAGGAUUGUUUCAUAUCCUCUUCAUGACACUUGCUAUCAUGGCAGUUCCUUACGGUCUUGCCGCACCUAUUGCAACAUCUUUGAUUGGAGGUGGACCAGUCGUGAUGAUUUGGGGGUGGGUUUUAGUAUCUAUCCUCACUGAAACUCUCGCUCUUUCCCUCGCCGAGAUAUGCUCCAAAUACCCUACUUCCGCUGGUGCAUAUUACUGGUGCUUCCGUCUUGCAUCCCCACAGACAAGGCUAUUAUUAUCAUGGAUCAAUGGAUGGCUUACGAUGGUUGGCGUUUGGACGAUCGCCUUGAGCGUUACCUUUGGGACUGCGCAGCUUGCCGUAGCAGGCGCUGGCAUUUUCCUUCCAGAUUGGGUGGCUACGCCCUGGCAGACUUAUCUGAUCUUUCUGGCUGUCACUGCUAUUGCGUGCAUAUUUUGUAUCUUCUUCAACAAGUACCUACCUACGAUCGAUAUUAUAUGUGCCAUAUGGACUGCCCUUGUGAUACUGGUAGCUUUAUCUGUGAAAGCAGCAGCUGGACGUCACUCGGCUGCUUAUGCACUGGGUCAUUUCGACCCUUCUGCAUCAGGUUGGACGCCUGGCUGGUCGUUCUUCAUUGGUUUGCUUCCGGCCAUGCUGAAAACACAUCCUUUAGCAUACACGUAUGCAGCUAUUGGAAUGAUCGCUAAUAUGGCGGAGGAAGUCCACAAUCCUUCUGAAGUUCUCCCGCGGGCAAUUUCAUGGUCGAUACCUAUCGGUUUUCUUACCGGACUUAUUUUCCUCCUUCCCAUCGUUUUUACGCUGCCGGAUGCGGCGACUUUGAUUGCUGUGUCAUCGGGACAGCCCAUUGGCGUCAUGUUCACGUUAAUCAUGGGUUCAGAAGCAGGUGGCUUUGGUGUGUGGUUCAUUAUUUUUGGUAUUGGCAUGUUCUGCGCAAUAUCAAUAUCUUGUGCCGCCUCUCGCGCCACAUGGGCCUUUGCAAGAGAUAAGGCCAUUCCCUUUCACCGGCACUUCUCCAAGAUCAAUCCCCAUCUUUAUGACGUUCCACUAAAUGCUUUCCUUUUAUCUACUAUAAUCCAAGUGCUACUCGGACUUAUAUACCUUGGGUCCUCUGCAGCAUUUAAUGCUUUCAGUGGUGUAGCUGUGAUGUGUCUAGGGGCAUCUUACGCUAUGCCAGUAGCUAUAUCUCUGCUCAAUGGAAGGGAGGAUAUGUUGGACGCUCCUUUUGCAUUAGGGAAAUGGGGCACCAUUAUUAACACGAUCGCCUUGCUUUGGAUAAUAUUUGCCAUAGUACUGUUCUCGAUGCCUUCCGUGAUACCUGUGACAACUGUUACGAUGAAUUAUGCUUCUGUUGUUUUUAUUGGUUUUGGAGCUAUCAGUGCGGUGUGGUACAUUAUAAAUGGUAGACAUCAGUACGCAGGCCCCCCAGUUCCUGAGGAUUCGUCUAGUUCAAGCUCGAGUUCAAUCCAUCAAUCCUCACCUACCAAGGCAUUGUCAUGA